UGUCUCUCGAGGGUGCAACAAGUGCGGGGAUAUGAGUUACUAAAAGGGGGAAUUAUUUUUUUCAUAAAGAGGACCUUUGUUCCGACUUAAGUGCAACAAGGAUGGCGGUGUUAAGGGUCGUUCCCUUCCUCCUAGUUCUCCUCACUGUCUGCUCGUUCCCUGGGCAUGUCUGGGCACACCCGUAUCCGCCUUCAGUUCAGGAGACUCCGGAUUUACUCCACCUGACAUCCGAUUCAGUGCAGCAGAAGGGAAGUUUGCCAGAGUCGGACCAACUGUCACCUGAUUCUGUGCACCAGAAUUCGUACACGAUCCUUCCCAUUUCCGUCCCAGUUCAGCUGCAUCUGAAAGCGGUUCCUUCUCCCCGGGAUCCUGGUUAUCUGUCUCAGGGGCCGGGUCUUCCCGCUUUAAACCAGGAGGCGGGAUCCAUUCAGGCUUCCGAAAAUGGAGACCGCGCUGACACAGACUCGCCAGGAGACGAAACAGGUGAAGACGUUCCAGAUUAUGACCUUAAUUUGACCUCCUUCUCUGGCCAGGGGCUUUCACCUAAUCCUUUGCCGAGGUAUGCGAGGAAGUUAGCCAACCAGAUUCCAGUUAGUACAAAUGACCAGUUAGAUAAGAUAGGAGACUUGCAUGUACCUCAAAUAACCGACUUUAGAUCAUCUAAGAUAUCUGACCAGACAUUUCCCGACGUAGGUGCUGCAAAGCCAGUUAGGAUAGAUGCUAUAGCUAGUCCACUACCAUCAGUGUUACCUGGUCUGGGAGCUACCAGGUUGAUUGAUCUAGGAUCUGCCAAGGUAAUCGACACUAAAGCAAAGUCUACACCAGAUGAUUCAAAAGACGUCAGUAUAAGCUCUAUUAGGGUUACUAAUUUAGGAUCAAGACCUGGUAUCACAUACUUGGGAUCUGUUAAGGCAAGUGACUUGGGAUCUGUUAAGGCAGGUGACUUGGGAUCUGUUAAGGCAGGUGACUUGGGACUUGCUAAAACUCCUGAUGCGGCCAAUGUCCAGGUAGGUGACUCAGGGUUUGUUCAAGAAAGUGAUAUUACCUCUGCCCAGGUAGGUGACUUGAAGCCUAACUCUGCAACUGACUUAGGGUCAGCCAAGACAAAUGACUUAGACUAUAUUCAAUCAAGUGGCUUAGAAUCCCUCGAGGCUAGAGAGCUAGUCCCUGCCCAAACAGACGCUUUUGGAUCUGCUCCGAUAAAUGAACUUGGGCCAACUAGACUGAUUGAUCUCGGAUCCGUUAAAGUAUUAGAUGCUGGACCUACAGUUGACUUAGGACUUACUGCAGGAAGUGACUUACAUUCAGCCAUUCCCAGUGAAAGGCUUACCCCAGGGAUAGUAUCCAUUCCUACAAAAGCAGCUGAAACAGGAACUCCCCAAGUAUCAUAUCUAGGAACUGUUAAAUUGGCUGAUCUUAUACCUACCAAGGAAAGUGAUCCGGAAAUUGACCUAGAAAACACGGGGAGAACUGUGCUGAAAUCUGCAGAGAACAUCCUAGACAACUCUCAGACAUCUACAGGAAACCGCCCGGACUUCCUGCAGCCCGCUUCUCCAGCAGAAUAUGAUGAUUCGUUUCCAGAGAUUGAACUGGACACAAGCCCUUUCAUUAGCCUUGACUCCGCCCUUUUUAUUGACAUGGGACCUUCUUCAACUGAUCCGAGUGCACCAUCUACUGAGGUUCGGCAAGAUUCCCCACUUGUAGACCUCAUCUCGGACACCAUUCUAGAAAUGGUAACCAAAGAACCUGACCAAAAUUCAGAACCAGGGCCUUAUGACGGUCUUUUCUCUAAACCGUUUGUCAUUCUGGGUCCAGGUAAUGUGCAGGACUUUUCAGCUGCUCCGUUUACAUCUCAUCAGCCUUCACUCGGGACUGGAUCAUAA